AUGGCGCACAGUUUGUCCCAAUCUGAGGAAGCUGCAUCUAUGCAGCAAAUGCUGCAACAGCUAUUGCAGCAACAACAACAGCAGCAGCAGCACCAAGAGGAAGUCCAACAGAAGUUGGACUUCCUUUAUGGAGAGCUGCAAAAGCAGAAGGAGCAGCAGCAGCAGCUGGAGCUGGUGCAACCAGAGCAGCCAGAGCAGCCACCAGAGCAGCCACAGCAGCCAAAACGUAAAAAAAAAGAAGAGGGGGCGGUCGCUCGAGGGCCCGUUGGCGUGCCCAGAGGGGGAUUCCACCUCGCCGAGGUGGCGGCCGAGGUGGCGGCCGAGGUGACGGCUGGCGUGGCAGCCGAGGUGGCGGCCGAGGUGACGGCUGGCGUGGCAGCCGAGGUGGCGGCCGAGGCGGCAGCCGAGGUGGUGCCCGGGGUGGUGGCCCCCCAUUUGUAA